UGUCGACGUUAACGGGUCUGCAUUUCGCCGUCACCGCGAUCGUCGGCCUCCUCGCGUCCGCUCUAACCGGAAGCAGCAGCUGCGUCAGCAGCAGAAGCAGCAGGAGCAGCAGCAACGUAACUGGCAGCGGCGACGGCGGUGGCGACGGUAGCGGAGGAGGAAGAGAAGAAGGAAAGGCAGCAGCGGCGGUGCUGCCUCUGUGGGUACUCUUAGGGUUCGCGCUGCUGGGGAACGCGAGUCUGGUGGCGACGAAUUUCAGCCUGCUGCUCAACUCGGUGGGGUUCUAUCAGAUCUCCAAGGUCGCCGUCAUCCCGCUCGUCUGCCUCUUCGAGUCGCUCGCCUGGCGCCGCGAAAUCGCGCGCAGCGUGUGGGCGGCGAUGGCGGUGGUGAUGGUGGGCGUGGGGCUGUGCACCAACGCCGACAUCACUCUCAACGUCGCCGGCUUCUGCGUCGCCACCCUCGCCGUCGUCUGCUCCGCGCUGCACAUGAUGCUUAUUGGCUGGUUGCAGGACCACUACGCCACGUCAUCGUUCGAUCUGCUGAGUCAGACGGCUCCCCUGCAGGCGUUCCUGCUGCUGCUGAUCGGCCCGCCCCUCGACUUCUACCUCACCUCGCGCUCGCUCCUCUCCUUCCACUUCUCCCCCGGCGCCCUC